AUGGCUGAGACCACCAGGUCCAAACCCAUCCUGACUGGAACCCACCCCGUAAACACCACGGUCGAUUACGGAGGGACCACCUCCUUCCAGUGCAAGGUCCGCAGUGACGUCAAGCCUGUGAUCCAGUGGCUAAAGAGAGUGGAGUAUGGAAGCGAGAACAAGUACAACUCCACCAUCGACGUUGGUGGGCAGAAGUUUGUCGUGUUGCCGACCGGCGAGGUGUGGUCCCGGCCCGAUGGCUCUUACUUAAACAAACUGAUGAUCUCCAGAGCAAAGGAGGAGGAUGCAGGGAUGUACAUCUGCUUGGGUGCUAACACCAUGGGUUACAGCUUCAGGAGUGCCUUCCUUACUGUGUUGCCAGACCCGAAGCCCCCGAAUGUGCCGGUGGCCUCCACAUCCCACGGCAGCCUGCCCUGGCCGGUAAUCAUCGGCAUACCCGCCGGUGCCAUCUUCAUCUUCGGCACGAUCCUGCUUUGGCUCUGCCAGACCAAGAAGAAGCCGUGCGCCACCCCAGCGGGAGCAGUGGCCGCCAUCCACCGGCAGCAGCAGAGGGAGCGGACCUGCACGGCACAAGUGCCAGACAAGGAGAGCAUCACGCCGAUAAACUACGACGAGUACCUGGCCCAGCAGCAGCACCUCCUGGCUCAGGGGCCUCCACUGGGGGCGGCAACCCCCACGGCCCCGAAAAUGUACCCCAAGGUUUACACAGACAUCCACACCCACACGCACUCCCACGUCGAAGGCAAGGUCCACCAGCACCAGCAUAUCCACUAUCAGUGUUAGCUCACGGGGCCCUUGGUGUCUGGCACAAGACUGCAUCCGUCUUCCAGCAGGACCUCAUAAGACUAAGUACCUCUCUCAUCAGCCCGCACUGCCAGUUUGGUGAAGGCUGGCCGGCUAGCAAAGACCUGCCUGAGGAACCUGACACUGAGAGCGGCAAAUGGACCUGCUCCCGAAUCCCCCACGAAAUGAGAGUGUACUUGAAUGCAGAGAAACAAACCUAGGAUGCAGCAAAUUAAUCGAGGUGAUAUUUUUUGUGAAGAGGUUCACACCAAAACAUCGACCAGAUGCAUAACGUGCUUUCAAUAAACCUGCAAUCUCAAUCAUCUCACAUUAAUCCCAAUUUUGUUUUAAAUGCAACUAACUUUUAGUGCACUGUCCAACUAAUUGAAACUCUGCCCCAAGUACUGAACAAUUGCUUUGUAUCGAUAAAUUAUAUUUAAAAAAUUGUAAACUACUUGAGGUAUAUUUGAAUACUGUGAGACUAGUUAGUUUAUACAGUAGGGAUUCCCAACACAAAGAUACCUUGUCCUCAACAAAACCAAAUAAUAUUUAUAUAGUAUAUAUAUUUCAAAAAUAAUUACAAUGAUCUGAAAUGAACAGGAAUGACAAAGAUUAUAUUUGCAAUACUACAGACAAAAUAAAUCUGUGGAGGCUUCAGAUUAAAUUCUUUGUGUUUUGAAGAAAGAUGCUGCCUACAUUAGGUUCCUGGCUCACUUGUCUCAGAUUGAAACAGUCUGCGUUACAGUAUGGAUGUCUGCUGGGUGCCGUGGAAACUUUGGAACUAAGCCUGCAAAAUAAACUUUGGAACUAAGCCGGCAAGAUGUCUGGCCACUGCCGAUGGAACAGCGAAACAAUGCUUCAAAUGCGAACUGGCAGGGACUGUAAGCUGAAAUACUUUCACAUCCAUGCAGCAGCACAGUGGAUGUCGCUCCUGCUCUCUUUCACUGAAGAGACAAAUGACCCUGAGCAAUCUGUCGCCUCGGUUGGGAAAGGCAAAGUGAUCGCGGCCCAGCGCCUGCCCCAGUGGUGCCUCCAGUGCUUACGCUCUCACCGGCAACCAAACCUUCCUGUUCCAUACGACCGCAAUUGCAAUGACAUUGUAGCAUAUAGGACUUCAGUAGUGCCUGUGUGGAUUAGAGAGAGAAAGAGAGAAAGAGAGAGAGAUACUAAUCACAGAAAUAAGCCUUCUUUUGUUGUAAAACUAUAUAAAUUUUAAAACAGAAAGUCAUGUAUAUUUAAUUUAUUUUGUUAAGCAAGAAAAAAAAAGUGUAUCAUAUUUUCCGCUGAAACUGGUGUUUCUAUAAAUAUAUUUGAUCAAAGGCGAAACUGAAUGGUAGCAGAGUUCUUGCAUGUAGGGAGCGAAAGUGACCUUACGCAGCAUGUUUUGGCUUACACCAUCAAUUGGUAAGUGUAGGUAGAGAAUGUGUGUAAGAUUUUUAUGCAAAGCCUUUUUAUCCAAAAAAAAGAAAAUGUUAUAAUAAUCUUUAUAUCGACAAUCUUGUAUAGGCUGCCCCAUUGUUACCACCAGCUUCUUUGUUGUAUUUUGUCAAGCUUUGAACACAAUUGUAUUAAUUUUAAACAUUUUCAGAAAUAACUAUUUUAUUGAGGAGGAUGACAUUAUGGCAUAAAAGGACUAAUAUCACUGCAUCUGUUUAUAUCUUAAUAUUAUUUUCCCAGAUUGCCUGAACAGCUUCUGAAAAUUCUAUGAGAAAUAAAGACACUUCAAAAAUAUUUCAAGCACAUCAGUAACCCAACUGAGUAGCUAUGGGACGUUCAAGGAGUUGCCAAGGCAAAUUCCUUGUAUGUGAAUACUUGGCCAAUAAAUGUAUUCAAUCAUUCAUUCAUUACUAGCAAUCUAAAGUGAAUUUGUGACACUGUAAAAAGUAAUAAGAAACUACUAAAACCGUUCCAGAUUGAACUGCCCGUCCUAAUCAAUCAUUUGUGCUAAAAAACAGUUCAUAAGUGAUCGGAGCAGAAUUAGGCAAUUUGGUCCAUUAAGUCUACUCCACCAUUCAAUCAUGGCUGAUCUAUCUUUCCCUUUCAAGCCCAUUCUCCUGUCUACUCCCCAUAACCCCUGACACCCGUAUUAAAAGCUUUGACCGCUGUUAUAAGGGACACUUAAUUAUAAAAGGGGUUCUUAAGGGGUUGGACAGGCUAGAUGCAGGAAGAUUGUUCCCGAUGUUGGGGAAGUCCUGGACAAGGGGUCACAGUUUAAGGAUAAAGGAGAAAUCCUUUAGGACCGAGAUGAGAAAAACAUUUUUCACACAGAGAGUGGUGAAUCUCUGGAACUCUCUGCCACAGAAGAUAGUUGAGGCCAGUUCAUUGGCUAUAUUUAAGAGGGCGUUAGAUGUGGCCCUUGUGGCUAAAGGGAUCAGGGGGUAUGGAGAGAAGGCAGGUACAGGAUACUGAGUUGGAUGAUUAGCCAUGAUCAUAUUGAAUGGCGGUGCAGGCUUGAAGGGCCGAAUGGUCUACUCCUGCACCUAUUUUCUAUGUUUCUAUGUAAAGGUUGGUCAGUACUAAGUGCAGUGGUUAGCAUAUUUGGGUGUGGGGACAUUACCAGUGCUUCAAGGUAUGCUUGUGUCAGUAAGCUCUAUCCAUGGCUAAGCUGGGACUCACCAACCCACGUCCAUUGGGAGAAUGAGGUGAAUGGGCAAAAUAGCUAGACAGAUUCAAAGUGUUGCAAAUCCAUCAGCCCACCAGACCACAGAAUAAUAACCACAACUGCAGUAGGUACAUUUCAAUAAAUAGCAUACGGGAAAGCCUAUGUACACUUUAAUACACCAACAAAUAUUAAUGAAGAGCCGGAUACAUUGAAUUUUCAUCUCGUUUAUACUGGGCCACUUUCUUAAAUAAAGUUCCAUCAAACAGCAUGUAGCAGUCAGCUGAAAUUGGUUUCAACGAUCUGUUAGUAAAAAUUGUUUCCAGUAAUGGGAAACCUUUGAUAAUAUGUCAUGUAAACCGUAAAAAUUGUAGAAUAUUUCCUGAUCUGUAGAAUAAAACAGUGUACAUAUAUCAA